CAUUCAUCAAUUUCUCAAAGUAUUCUUUCCAUCUAUUCAGCACACUACCGGCACCAGUCAACACAUUUCCAUCUCUGUCCUUAAUCACCCUAACCUGCUGCACAUCCUUCCCAUCUCUAUCCCUCUGUCUGGCCAACCUGUCGAGAUCCUUUUCUCCUUCUGUCGUGUCCAACUUGGUGUACAUGUCUUCAUAUGCCUCUUGUUUCGCCUUCGCCACCUCUCCCUUUGCCCUACGUCGCAUCUCGAUGUACUCCUUUCGCCUCUCCUCAGUCCUCUCAGUAUCCCACUUCUUCUUCGCUGAUCUCUUUCCUUGUAUGACUCUCUGCAUUUUGGGGUUCCACCACCAAGUCUCCUUCUCCCCUUUCCUACCAAAAGACACAGCAAGUACUCUCCUGUGUUCCUCCCUCUUCUGGAAAUAAGUGUUCACUACAGCCAUCUCCAUCCUUUUGGCAAAGUCCACCACCAUCUGUCCCUCAAAGUUCCUUUCCUGGAUGCCGUACUUACCCAUUACUUCUUCAUCGCCCCUGUUUCCUUUACUAAUAUAUCCAUUACAAUCUGCACCAAUCACAACUCUCUCGCUGUCUGGGAUGCUCAGAACUACUUCAUCGAGUUCUUUCCAAAAUUUUUCUUUCAACUCUCGCUACGCGACGUUCGUUUCACGAUCAUUUCAUAAAUCUGUUUUGGGACUGUCGUUUUUAGCACAGUGGAUGUCUUUAACGUUAACUGAACGCGUAGACGUCAAAAACGCUGCGUUGUUGUUAAUUUUGCAACGGCGUGAAUGUAAGUUUAAAAGAAUUUGCGGCUGGUUCCGAUGGUGUUGUGGUAAAUGAAGAUCUCGCGAGGUCCCUGUGAUAUAGUGAUGAAAAAGGUCUCGAGAGAUGCGAUGCUGUCGCGUGCUUAUGACGUCAUACCCAUAAUUUUGUUUAAAACAGCAUUAGGCGUUGUUUUCAUUAAAAUUGAAGCAUUUACUCUCGUUUUAAACGUAUAUAAAUUCGUAACUAAGCAGGUUAUAUCCACUGUAACGUUUUAGUUGUGCUAAUGUACAGAAAGAUUUGGGGGACGGCGCUCUUUUUCCCGGAAAUGACGCGCUUGAGCGAAUUGCAGCUUUUGUCGUCACCGACGGAACAAUAUUCAUUUUCGAUUUUUAUUUAAUUACGAUUAGUAUUUUUCAUUGCCCUCCGUUGUACCGUUUGCCAAUAUGGCCUGCCUUGAGGUAGCAAAUGGUUGUGAAGUUUCUCCAUCCAAGAGGUUGAAAAGCAACCGCGGCGAAGAGGAGCUCUCCGUUCUCCGCUUCGCCAAACUGUCCGAGCAUGCCACGACCCCCACGCGGGGUUCCACCAAGGCCGCCGGCUACGACCUCUACAGUGCGUAUGAUUAUUCUAUUGGUCCGAUGGACAAGGCUGUUGUGAAAACUGACAUCCAGAUUGCAGUACCGCACGGCUGUUAUGGCAGAGUGGCCCCAAGAUCUGGACUCGCAGUAAAGCACUUUAUUGACGUCGGAGCCGGAGUGAUUGAUGAGGACUACAGAGGCAACGUUGGCAUCGUUCUGUUUAACUUCAGCAAGCAGACAUUUGAAGUGAAAAAAGGUGACCGGGUUGCCCAGCUGGUCUGCGAGAGAAUCGCCUUCCCGGAGUUAGUCGAGCAGGCGUCACUCGACGAGACGGAACGCGGGGCGGGAGGCUUCGGCUCAACGGGACACAAUUAAAGCUUUCAAUUGUUGGAAUUUACAGUUACUCUUGUACUUCUUAAUAAAUUUCUUCUUUGUA